UUGCUUCAUAAAGUGCACGGCUUAAUCAUACUAACACUGCAUACAAAUCACAUCAGUGUGACAUACAGGGAGACCAGACUGUCUCUCUUCAUUCUGUGGUAUCGUUACAUACAACAUAUUUCUUAUCAUAAAGGACUCUGCAGCUGCCGGAGGAGUAGAUCAGUCCUGUACCACUUUUAAUACCUAAGACACCUGAGUAAAGCAACAUUCGUAUACAAGGACCUUAUUAAACACAGAUAUUUGGAGACUGGGAUUGAAGCAAAACGUUUUGGUUAUCUGCCCACACAAGUAAAGGGAUAAAACACCUGAAGCUGCGGACUGGAACAAACUGCUGUGUAGGAAGUUUGGCUGCGCUUUUCCGUCAUGAAAUCUUUGGGGAUCUAUCUGUUCUUUGCUCUGCCUGUGGUCUUCCUGUCUGCUGAGAGUCCUAUGACAAGUGACUGCUUACAAGCUGAGCAACUUUGCUUCAAUGACCCUCAGUGUAAUUCCAGCUAUCACAUUCUUGAGCAGUGCUCACAAGAAGCUGCAGUGGGGCAGGUGGCUAGACCUGAGUGUCUGGCUCUUCAGCAUACCACUCUGAUGCACUGCAAGUGCCGAUAUAAUAUGAAGAAAGAAGAUCAUUGCCUGAGGAUAUACUGGGCUGUUCAUCCUGUACUAGAUACAGGUUCACUGGAGUUAUAUAAAUCUCCUUAUGAAGAAAUACUGUUAAAUUUCACAGAGAGUGAAGACUAUCUACGUCUUUCUGCGUUAAUUUCUGAAAGUGACUCAGGCAAUGCGUGUGUGAAAGAGGGUAUGAUCUGUAGCAGCGACAAAAAGUGCAAUCGUUAUAAGACGCAGUAUGUCUCCCACUGUAGCGAAAAAACUGCUGACAGAUGUGAUCAACGCAAAUGCCACCGCCAUCUCCGCAAUUUUUUUGAAAAGGUCCCACAAGAGUUUACAAAACGACUACUCUUCUGUCCAUGCCACGAUAGCUACUGUGCAGACCGCAGACGCAAAACUAUUGUGCCAGAGUGUUCCUUUGAGGAAAAUCCGAAGCAAAACUGCCUGCAGGUGUAUGAUUCCUGCAUCAAGGAUACCAUCUGCAGGUCUCGCCUGGCAGAUUUUCAAAAACAUUGCCCUCCUUUUGACAAAACCCUUGAUGGAUGCCCUGCUAUACAGCAUAGCUUAUGCUUGCAGUCCUACCUGAGGAUGAUUGGCACCGUAAUGACUCCAAACUAUAUCAGUAAUGAUAAUAUGGAUGUGUCUUUGUCGUGUUCUUGUGAAGGAAGCGCAAACAAUGAGGAAAGAUGCAAGAACAUCAUAGGAAUGUUUAACAAAAACAGGUGCCUAAAAAGCUCAAUGUUAUCGGUUAUCCCAGAGCUCAGUAACACUCACGGGACAUUUGUCCCUGUUAUGUCCAGUUCCAAGGUCUUUAAGGAACAUUUCAAUGUGUCCGCAAUUCAUGACAGUGACCUGUCAGCAGAGAAAAGUAAAAGUCACCUGGCUGCAGCAAGAGUCCCCAAUGCAGAAACUGCUAAAUCAUCAAGCGCAACAUCAGGAGUUUCUUGUCCAUCUUUGGCUUUAACCCUUUUAUGUCCAACACUGCUUCUUUGGAUCUUUAAAACAGCAAAUUGUAUGUAAAAAAUAAUAACCUCCAGGUAUAUUAAUGCACUUUAUGUUUACAAAACAAGCUUAUUUUUCUGUCUCUAGCACAUAACUGGCUAUGGUUUCUUCUUCUGGCUGGAUACUGGAGAAGUUAUUCAGUUGUAUAAUGUCUCCAGACGCUUUGUACACUGUUUGGUACAUUGGGAGCACCUAGAAGUCUUACAUGGAUGGUUACACAACAGCCACAUGUUCAUAUGUUGUGAUAAGACAGAGACUCCGGGUAAACUACGGCAGAGACUGAUAUAUACAGUAUAUCCCAACAGCAAACACCCAUGAAACACUUGUGUGACUUUUGUGAAGCUGCAGAGACCCACAACAAACUAGUGAGGCUCCUGACGAUGUUCAUGUGCUUGAGAGACUCCUGACACUCUUCCAACAACUGACAGAAAGACCUGAUAAAUUUCACAAACUCGAGUUUAAGGAAUGCUACAUAAAACUAUGUUGGUGCAAUACGUCUACACAAAUGGCUCAAGAAUAACUGCAGCAUUGUGCAAACUCCUGAAAAAAUCAUUAGAUAUUACGCAGUUUAGCAGCCGAGCAGGAUAGUGGAUCUAUCAGAGGCUAACAAGAACCUGCCAUACUACAUGUAUAAAUGACACAUACUGUUGUGCUGCUCCUGGAUCUGCAGUGUCUUGUUGUUGCUUGUGUUCUGUAUAAAAGCACUAUAGUCGUUAUUUUCCUUAAAGGGACAUGAAUCCCAGAUUUGUUCUUUGAUGAUUCAGAUAGAGCAUACAAUUUUUAUUAUUAAAUUGACUGCAUUUUCUUGUUAUCCUUUGUAGAAAAAGCAGGUAGGUGGCUCAGAAGUGUAAGCGUGUAUGAAACACUUUAUGGCAGCAGCGUUUGCUACCAUGUAGUGCUCAGGCACAUGCAAGCUUCCUACCUAGAUAUUAUAUUCAACAAAAAUACCAAGAGAUUUCAUAAUAAAAGUACAUAAAUUGUAUGCUCUGUCUGAAUCACAAAAGAAACUCUUUGACUUUCAUGUCCCUUUAAGAUGAUUAAUAGCACACACUAAGACCCAUAUGUAAGGAAGCUAUAUGUACUGGUAGAACCCAGAGACAAUGAAGGUGUUGUUGUUAAAUAAUAGCUAAUGGGCUCUGAAAAAAAUGAUUUGCUUUUGUUUUGUUUUUAUUUUGUGGAAUGUUUUCAGUGCUGUGCUAUAUAUAUAUAUAUAUAUAUAUAUAUAUAUAUAUAUAUAUAUAUAUAUAUGUAUGUAUGCAAGUCUGUCAGUAGCAGUUUGUGUUUCUUUAGCUGAAAAAUACAUUUCAUGGAUUUACAACUUGCCAGAUGUGCUUCCUCCCAAACAAUAUGUCCUCACAUCUUGCCUGCCUGGAUAGGGCAUGUGUGACGGCUUUACAAGUUCACAUAGUAUUGAAUGAUAAUGGGUACAGACAAUUUAUGCUCUAAAUUACAAAUUGGGAGGAAGCGGUAUAAAUGUACGUUUCUUAAUAAGUUCAGUACUGGCUAAAGUGAACUGUAAAUGUAAUAUAUGUAUUAUUUUGUAAUUAACACUGAUGAAAUUUCUUAUAGUUUAUUCCAAUUAAGAAGAACUGUUAUAAUGUUUCCAAACCUCUGUACUUCAGUGGAAGUAAAUAAAAAAACAGUAUAUUAUAUGCAACUAUACGUUUUUUUAUUGGACUAACAUGACUUUUUAAUAUCAUGCUAGUCCAAAAAAAAAAAAAGGUAUAAUUGCAUACUCCAAUACUCUGCUUAUUUUGACAUCUUGUCUUCUGGACUAAUACGGUUAAAUCAAUCUGCAUUACAUAUGUAUGUGUGUGUGUGUAUAUAUAUGUGUGUAUAUAUAUAUAUAUAUAUAUAUAUAUAUAUAUAUAUAUAUAUAUAUAUAUAUAUAUAUACACACACACACACAACACAAGUUUUGCAGUAAUACCUUUUUGUACUAAUAUUACAUAGUAAAGCUAUAUAUAUAUAUAUAUAUAUAUAUAUAUACAUACACACAAGUAUAAUCUGUUACACUUUUAAACUUUGCUUGCAACUAUGCCUCAUAAAAGUUUCUGUUGCUAUGAGGUACUAAAGUUUAUAAUAAACAUAGUGGAGCCGAAUUAUCAUGGCCAGAAUGCUGCGAUAUGCAGCUGUUUCCGCGCGAGCCAUCCCGGAAACAUAAGUUAAGAGGCGGACAACAAUCCAUCUGAUCGCAUACGAUCAGUUUUUUUGACUCCCCCUGCAGGGGCAGCAUUGCACAAGCAUUUCUUGUGAAAUGCUUGUGCAGUGAUAAAUGCCGACAGCGUAUGCAGUCAGCAUUUGUUGAUGUGCGGCGGACAUGAUCGCUACAGCGGAUCAUGUUCGUCCGCACAUUGAUAAUUUGGCCCCAGUAUCAAGGUCAUAGUAUCUUAAACUGGCUGAGCUAAGGAAAAUGAACUCUGCCGUCUAAUUUAAUGAACUUAUGUAUGUGCAGUUGAGUUUAUGUACAUUGUGUAAAAUAUAUGUAAUUCACAUGUAUUGACAAAUAAAAUAUUCUAUUCUACAA